CACCGCUGCGUGACCCGCAUCGCUGGACCCGUUGAUGGACCCGCCGGAGAAGCAACCGCCGGCCGCAGCCGCCUCCACGGCUUCUCCUUCCCGAGGCUCAGCUGGGGCGCCUCCUCCGCUUGGACGUCAACAUCCGCAGCCAUCCCCCGACCCCGACUCGGUCGCAGCGACCUGGGAGGUGGGAACCUCCACCACCACCACCACUCCCGAAAGUAUUUUCGCAAUGGAAUCAGUGCGUGCCAUGGAGAACAAGUCAUGCCCUCAAAGUGACGGGCCAGUGAAACUGUCAUUCAAGUUGUUAAAGGAGAUCACAAACAACUUCAACCACAAACUUGGCUUCGGUGCAUCUGCCGAAGUUUACAAGGGAGAGUUCAAUGGAGAAGUGAUUGCCGUAAAAGUACUGCCAUUCAAGAUCGGGGUUGACGAGAUGCUAUUCCAGAACGAAUAUGAACACCUUAAGAGGCUCAAGCAUCCUAAUAUUGUGCGACUAGUGGGCUUCUGUGAUGAAACAGAGCGUGUACGUGCAGAGUACAAAGGAGAAAUGGUAAUGGCCGAAGAAAUACAUAGGGCACUCUGCCUCGAGUUCCUGCCCAACGGACCCCUUAGCAACAAUCUUCAUGAAAAACAUCUUAGACUUGAUUGGCACAGACGCUUCCAGAUAAUCAAAGGGAUGUGUGCGGGUUUGGAAUAUAUUCACGGAGCUUGCGUUGUGCAUUUGGAUAUAAAGACAGAUAAUGUAUUGCUAGACGCGAAAAUGAUACCAAAGAUUGUGGAUUUUGGAAUAUCAAGGCUAUUGGGUGAAGAAUGCAUCAGAGAGUCAAAUGCAACACAGCUAGGGACAGUUGGAUAUGUACCACCGGAGUUCAUAGACAAUCGAGUCAUCUCAAGAGGGUUUGACAUCUUUAGCGUAGGGGUUACAAUUAAGAAGUUACUGACCGGAGGAAUGAACUACUGGAACAUUUCUUACAUGAAUGACAAGGACUGUAUUGAGCAUGUACACAACAACUGGAGGAAAAAAUUUCAGGAGAUACCAUCGUAUCCAUCGCUUGAAGUAGAUUGCGAACAAGUAAGGACUUGUAUUAGGACCGCACUACAAUGCAUGGAUGAUGAACGACUUAAUAGACCUUCCAUGAAAGAUAUCAAUAGUGAGCUGAUUGAAAGACAAAUGAUGACCGCGUGUUCAAAAGAAUGCUCGGAGUCAGUACAGUUUCCGGCCAAGAGUCGAGUCCGAAGGAAAGCUUUUCGCAAAGUCCAAAGGGAAGCUACCCCCCUAUUAAGAGAAAAGACUGUGCGGUUAAAACGCAACUCAUGGGCACUGGAUAUUCAAGGAAAAAGAGGACCCAUCUCUCGAAGAAGAGAAAGAAAUUAUAUGUGUUCCGACCUAAAAGACGACUCACGGUUGACGAUAGACAUCCCAGAGAUGCCCUCUCCAGAAUUCGAGUUUCUACGGGAAAUUACUAACGAUUUUUCAAAGGAACGUAUAGUUUCUGAAUGUGCAUCUGCGACAGUUUUUAAGGGUAUACUUAACUCUGGGGAAGAGACUCUGGUGAAGAGGUUUCAGGGAAGUAAAAUUUCAUAUAACGUGUUUCAGAGUGAAGUUGGACAGCUCAUGGAGAUCAAACACAAAAAUAUUGUACGAUUACUUGGCUAUUGCAAUGUGAAGAAGAGGGAAGUUGUCAAGCAUGAUGGGAGAUAUAUUCUGACAAGCAAGGUAGAAAGUUUUCUAUGGUACGAGUAUUUGUCAAAUAAAAGCCUUGACGAGUAUAUUUACGGUGAUUCUUGUCAAUUUGACUGGAAUAUGCGCUUCAAGAUAAUUUUAGCCAUUUGUGAGGCGUUGCAUUUCUUGCAUAUUGAGUUAAACAGGCCUAUCAGCCAUCUGCCUCUUACUCCUGAAAACAUAUUUUUAGACAAAAAUAUGGUACCAAAACUAGCAGAUAUUGGUCUAUCAGAUCUGUUUGACGGACUAUCCCUAGAAGGCACGGAAUAUGAUCUGGAAAUCAAUCGGUACAAGGCUCCAGAAUACAUAAAUAGAUACACUACUUCAUUCCAAUCAGACAUAUACAACUUAGGUCUCUUAAUCAUGGAUACCGCAACAGGGGAGAAACACAGCUCUUGUCAAGAAACCAUGGAUAGUAGCCAUUUUGUGAAUGUACAUCAAAAGUGGACAGACGAAUAUAUAGCAACAAAGUAUGCAUCACUGGAUGUCACUUGCAUUGGUCAGCUCAAAGUAUGUCUCCAUACUGCGCUAUGGUGUGUCAAGGAGAAAAGAAAGGACAGGCCAUCUAUACGGGAAAUAGUCAGUACACUGAACAUUCCAUAUCUAGACACCCCGUUAAACAAGCCAGGAGCCGGUCCCAUCUUAUUGUUGAGCGUGCAACCCCAGCGUCUCUCCUUCCCUCUCAUUCCCGCAAGGUUGACCUCCCGCCCACUGUGCCUAACAAACAACAAGGAUGAGUGUGUCGGCUUCAGGCUUCUCACGGAUAACCCAGCGAGGUACCAUACAGAGCUGCCGCUUUGCGGCUUUGUACCGCCAAAGUGCACCUACACUAUCAACGUGAUAGUGCGUGAGCACACGAAGGAGCUACCAUCGAAUAGCGAUGAGUUUCUGACCCUGCUGACCAUCAGAAUGCAAGAGAGUGAUUUCAAGAAUCUCGACCCAGACUCCGUCGCCGUCCUUUUUGAGAACGCCGAUCACGAGGUGCGGGAGAUGAUGCUGCCUGUUGUUUGUGACCCACCGGAAGAGACCACCGCUGAUCAGAUCAUAGCCAGUAAGAAUUGCCGAGUGGUGCUGUCUAUCGAUGUUCAUCCAACUAGCCAGAAUUACCGGCAGGUGUUGUCCUUGGAUGUGCAUCCAACGGUGCCUUGGAUGUUGACGACCAACCAAAGGGGUACUAUUUGCAUCUGGAACUACCGGAAGAUGGAAACUGUGAGCUCCUUUGAAGUUAGUCCAGGAAAACCAGUAUAUUCUGCAAAAUUUAUCGCUCAAGAGCAGUGGCUUGUAACUGGGGAUGGCGAUGGAUACAUUCAUGUGUACAAUUAUGGUAGAAUGGAAGAAGUCAGGAACUUCAAAGCUCAUGAGAAUAAUAUAAUGUCUAUGGCUGUGAGUCCAACUUUCUCUUUGGUUCUAUCAGCAUCUGACGAUCACCUGAUUAAGCUUUGGGACUGGGACAAGGGCUGGGAAUGUACGCAAACAUUUAGGGGGCACUGUAACAGAGUCACACAAGUGAUGUUUCACCCGCGGUACACAUAUUGUUUUGCGAGUGCUUCCCUGGAUGGCAGAGUCAAGAUAUGGAACAUCAAAUAUGAUAAUUGCAAACGCAAGUUCAAUGAGCAUCCAGAUGGUCUUCUAUGCCUUCAGUACUUCGCAGAUGUGCAACCUAACAGUCGUCGGCAUUUACUGGUUGUUGGCUCCUCCGAUGGUGUUGCAAAGGUCUGGGACCCGGAGGCAGAAAGUUGUGUUGGUACGCUCGAAGGUCGACAUACGAACCGUCUCACUGCUCUUUGUUGGCACCCCAAACAUGAAGUAUUAGUAACAGGUUCCCUUGAUGGGACCAUACAAAUCUGGAAGCCGACUAACACUACUUAUAGACUUGAGAACAUAAUUGGCCUUAACAUCGGCGGAGUUACCGCUCUUGCACACAUACCGGAAUCGACAAGGGUUGUGGUUGCAUGCGAGCAAGGAAUAGCAAUGGUGGAAAUUGAUUACCCGUGAAGAUUCUACUCCCUCUAUCCCUAAAUAAAAGUCUUUUUAGAGAUUUCAAUAUAGACUACAUACAGAGCAAAAUGAGUGAAUCUACACUCUAAAAUACAUCUAUAUACAUCCGUAUGUAGUUCAUAUAGGAAUCUCUAAAAGGACUUAUAUUUAGGAACGGAGGGAGUAGUUGUGAGCAAAAGACUUCAUAUAUAUAUAAAGUUAGUUUUGAAACUUAAACUGAUGCGUGGUUGGAUCAAAGAAUACAAGGCUAAGAACAACUAGAAUCUCAUGUAAUAACUAUCUACUUGGUUGAAAUAAACAUGACCUUUUCAUGUACAUUUGUGUGCCAAAUUCUAGUGUUGCAAACAUAGUCAAGCAAGUAGAAUAACAUCGUUGGCAGAAAUAAGACCCCAAAAUGUUCAGUUUUCUUUGCCAGGGUAGAACACUGCCUAUCCGUUAAAACUCCAAAAUGGCAAUACACAAUAAAAUACAUGUGCACAUAGGAAAUGCAUUGGGCCUGAACAU